CGAGGUUCAGGCUGCCCUUGGUGGAAGGUUGGCGCAGCAUUUUUGACGAUUUCGCUGGAAACGGAUCUAUGGUGCAAGGAGCAAAUAUGAGUCAAACCGCAAAAUAUUACAUCUAUUCCAGCAAGGCGCCUAGCCACCCCGGGCCAGGUAUUCAAAUUGAUCGAGCAACAAGCGCAAACACAGACAAUUUCGUGUCUCUCCUGAAAGCUAAACUCAUCAUUUUGAAUGCUAAGCCCAAUGCCGAACACAUUGGGUAUUUUGACCAGUCCGACGAGUGGUGGAAAUGGCUCAAAAAGCUAGACCCGAACGGGUCCUGCCAAUUUUCCCUAAUGCUGGACGCGACUGAAAAGGAAGUGCAAAGUUUCGAGUUUCAGCUUACAAGUCCCGCGAAGAUGACGUUCAGCUCAUCGGCAGGGGCUCUUAAAUUUGCUUUCGGCGCUGAUUCAAGUGGCAAGCAAGCGAAAAUACCGGUUCCCGGCCUGUUCCCCGAAGGAACGAUGCUCUAUUGUGGACUUGACCCUUCAAAGUCGGAUGUGAGCUUUACAGUGGGGGAGGCUUUGAAGUAUACUGGUCGAACCGGACUGAUUCCUUUCCUUCCGCAAGAAAUGACAAGCUGGACGCUUCUUUGGGAUAAAAAUAAAGCCAGUGAGAAGCGCAACGCCCUGUGGUUCAAUCCAUGCUUCGCUUCACAAACGACGAUUCGGAUGCAGCUUCAAUUAGAAGAAGCAGGAAGGAAAUCCCUUGAGGAAUGGUGGAGUGUCGUCCUAAAAGAUAUCCAGGUCAAAAAUGCAGAAGUCGUCUGCAAGAAAACGCUAACAGAAGGGAAAACAGCGGCCGGCACUGUUGGUGUACAUCAAGGCCAGAUUACAUUCAAAUUCGAAUGUUCAGUGGAAGCAAAACCAAAACCGGUGGAUAUAGUUGCUGCUAUUGCAUUCCAGGAAGCGGCUGUUCAACUGACCUUCCAGCCGAAGACGUCUGUCACUUUGGGAGACAUCCUGGAAGGCCUUGCGAAGCUGUUAUCACAAGAUCUGGGGUCGAUGAUGUCCAUCCUCACAAAGGAGGAUAUUUUUCAGUCUAUGCAUUUCCGGCGGCUGACGGUUACCCUUGAUACACUCGACGGCGUAAAGAAACCAAAACUCUCACGAUUUGAGAUUGACAUUGAGGUUUCCGCCAAAUUCGGGAAGAAAACCGCCGAACAGAACGUGGUCUUCCUCCUCACAUACAUCUGGACAAAACGAAGGGGAAGCUCUAUAUCGGGCCAGUUCUGGAACGGGCUCGCUUCGUCCAAACAUCUUGACGUCAGCCCUUAUUAUGAAGAGUGGAUUGAUAUGAAGCCUCUUGCCCCAAACCCGGCGCCGUACAUCGACCUGACCUCGAUCGUCCCUGGGGAAGAAAUCAAGGAUAUUCCCGACAACAUCCCCACAGAGAUCGAAAGCGCAAGUAUCAUGCUAUCGGGCUCUGACUUCGCCAUGGGCGGUGUCAUUAAAGCGAAACCAGUAACCCCAGGCUCCAUUCCGCAGCCAUAUCUAGGUAGAAUUAGGCUGUUUGUCUCGUAUGCCUGGGGUAAGAAGAAGGACUUCAAAUUAAGCUUCGGGUUCGAAGCGGGAUUGGAACCAAGCAAAGAGUCGAAACACCAGCAGCCCGCUAUUCUCACUGGGGACCUAGAAUACAAUUCCAAGAGCUAAUGAAUACAGUAGUUCGCUUCC